CAGAUGAAUCGGAUUCCAAAUUAAUGACCGACGUUGCGAAAUAAAGAGCAAAGAGAAAACUUGAGAGAAAACCUUAUCAACCACCGCAGAGAAAGAAAGAAGAGAGAAGAGAAAAGGAGAGAGCUUACGACGAAUCCUCUCAAGUCUUCAUCCAACAGAUUCAAGAUCAUACGCCCGCAUUCACAUUCACAUUCACAAUGCCUCGAAACAUCAGAGUAGCCGCGUGCCACGCCGCGCCGGUCUUUCUAUCAGCGCAAGACACAACCAAAAAGGCCCUCGCAUUGGUGAAGGAGGCAGUUGGAAACGGUGCCAACCUCGUCAUCUUUCCCGAGACUUACAUCGCGGCCUUCCCUGCAUGGAGCUCUGUUCGAGCCCCGACCGACAACCAUGAGUUCUUCAAGCGCAUGGCCCUCGAGUCCAUCUACGCCGACGGCCCGGAGAUCGAUGCCCUCCGUCGCGAGGCCAAGAGACUAGGUGUCAUGAUCAGUGUCGGCUUUUCGGAGAAAGUCCGCUACAGCAGCGCCACCUUGUUCAACUCGAACAUCUUCAUCGACAACCACGGCGACGUCCUCGUACACCACAGGAAGCUGAUGCCGACCUUUUUCGAAAAGCUGACGUGGUCGCCCGGCGACGGCCACGGGCUCAAGGUAGCGGACACCGAGUUCGGCAAGAUCGGAAACCUCAUCUGCGGCGAGAACACGAACCCGCUGGCCAGGUAUUCCAUGAUGGCACAGGGCGAACAACUCCACAUCUCGACCUGGCCGGCUAUCUGGCCCACCCGACUCCCCGGCAAAGCUGCUGCUGCGAAAACAACCGCGGCCCCGGGCGAAGGCGACGACGUCAACGGCGCCCCGACUUCGAGCAGCGCCUGGAACAAGGCCAACUAUGACAACGUCGCCGCCAACCGUACGCGGGCGGCUGCCCACUGCUUCGAGGCCAAGUGCUUCGGCGUUCUUUGUGCCGGCGUGCUCGGGCAAGAUGCCAUCGACGCCAUCGCGUCCGGUGCCGCUGACUACGUCCGCGAGGCUCUCGAACAGUCGCAACGCGGGGCGACCAUGUUCCUGGAUCCCACCGGGGCUCUCCUGCCUGGGUUCGUGUUCGAGGAGGGCAACAAGGUUGAUACGGAGCACUUGCAGCGCGAACAAGGCAUCCUCUACGCUGAUAUGGACUUGGAGGACUGUAUCGAGGGCAAGCAAUAUCACGAUGUGGUGGGUGGGUAUCAACGACUGGAUGUCUUCAAUCUGUCCGUGGAUCGAACGCGCCAUGAUCCUGUCAACUUUGUCUAAUGGCACCAUCUUGACGGGCAUACCAGCAUGUACAAGGCUAGUACCAGUAUCUGGCGUGACUGGCGUGACUGGCAUGACUGGCGACAAGAUGAGCAGAGGCACUGGCAUGUUUUCGAGUUUCGAGGGGGCUUAAAUGUAAUUCGUUAGCAACUAGACUGUGAUACACGUGAGGCGCGAUGCUGACUAACACAGUCGGGACGUGAAUCAGUUGGUACGAAGGUAAAAGCCUAAUUAUGGGUCCUUCGUACAUUUAUUAGGUAAGGUACUAAAUUUAGGUAGGUAUCCGUAAAAAGCCCAAAUACGAACGUAAAGCCAC